AAAGAAACUCAGUGGAGCGACCUCACCAAGGCGCAAAGGCAUCCGGGGGCCACUUCACCUGUGUGAUGACUUAACUGUGUGAAAUCUAACUUGGAGACGCAGUUGGGACGCUCGGUGCGCUGCAGUGUGCUCCGCUCAGCUGACGGACGGUAAAAGCUGAAACUGCAGGUCGAUUAAAAAAAAAAAACACUUUGAGGUUUCCACUCCGGCGCGUCCCGCUUCUUUCCGCAGCGGGUUGGAUCCGACGCACCGCCUUGUUGCCCAGCUGAGCUCUGAGGGGCCGUCGGCUGCAGCGCUGCGUGUCCGACGUACAAGUCAGCGACAGGACUUAAAAGCCUGCUGUAAGGAUGAUGUCCUACAUAAAGCAACCCCAUUACACCAUGAACGGGUUAAAUUUGCCUGGCCCCGGAAUGGAUGUGCUACACACAACCGUCGCUUAUCCGUCCACUCCCCGGAAGCAGCGUAGAGAGCGCACCACCUUCACCCGGACACAGCUGGACAUCCUGGAGGCACUGUUCUCCAAGACCCGCUACCCAGACAUCUUCAUGAGGGAGGAGGUGGCCCUCAAGAUCAACCUGCCUGAGUCACGUGUGCAGGUUUGGUUUAAAAACCGCCGUGCCAAAUGCCGUCAGCAGCAGCAGCAGAGCAGUGGCCAGUCCAAGCCCCGCCCUCCCAAAAAGAAGGCCUCUCCAGUGCAGGAACCCAGCGCCCCUGAUCCUGUUCCUAACCCAUCUGGCUCCUACAGCCCCUCCUCUGCCCAGUCAGGCCCCAGCCUGGCCCCGAGCUCCAGCACCGGAAACACUGCCGUGUCCAUCUGGAGCCCGGCCAUCUCGCCCCUGCCCGACCCCCUGGCCUCCUCCUCGGCCCCCUGCAUGCAGCGGCCCUCACCAUACCCUAUGAGCUAUGGCCAGCCGUCGGCCUACACCCAGGGCUACGCCAGCACCACCUCCUACUUCACCGGCCUGGACUGCAGCGCUUACCUGUCCCCCAUGCACUCGCAGCUGUCAGGCACCGUGGGCGCCCUCAGCCCCAUCACUGUGCCCUCGAUGGGGGGCUCACUAAGCCAGUCCCCGGCCUCGCUGUCCUCACAGGGCUACAGCACUGCCUCCUCCCUGGGCUUCACCUCUGUUGACUGCCUGGACUACAAGGACCAGCAGGCCUGGAAACUGGGCUUCACCACAAUGGACUGCCUGGACCACAAGGACCAAAAUUCCUGGAAGUUCCAGGUCCUCUAGAAAACGAGAAAGGGCGGCGUUCGGGUCAACGUGUUCCAUGUGAGAUAGUGUGAAGCAGUUCAGCCAGAGGACUCGUUGUCUUUGAUUGUCAGUUUCUUGUUUGUAAGAUUGUGUUUUAUUUUCUAAAGGUGAACUCUGUAGAAAUGCAUUUUGUUUGAAUGACUGAUGACGUGAUGAGACGGAGGGACCAGUGACUGUCAUCAAUGCUGCCUGACUGCAAAUCAUAUCUGUUGUCUUCUUCAUGCUACGUUAAAAAUAAGAGAACAAAAGCCUUUAAAGCGUUUGUAGGAAAGUACUGGAGGCGUACGUACGGAAACACACAGAGCCGUCUCUUCUCUUAACAUAACUGUCUGACUCAGACACAUACACACUACACAUGUUUCAUUUUGUUUUAAACUUGCAUUGUCAUGGAGAGAAAAGAGAGCUGCUUUGACAGGAGGGAGCUCUGAAUUCCUAUAGGUCACUUCCUCCUUCAGGGUUUAAUUAUUUUAAGCUAUUUAUUAUUAUUUAAUGCCACAUUUAAACAUGUCAUUUGGUUGCGUUUAGAAGAUUUUGAGCAUUUGUGUUGCAUAUUACAGUGUUAGCCUCUAGUGUUAUCAUCCCAAUCUGUUUGAUGGAAAAAUUAGAUCUUCUGUUUUAGUUGUGUGACAUAUUAAAAUGAUCUAUUCUUUA